AUGUCGACUCUUCCCGCACUUCAAAGCCGCCUAAAAGAGCUGUCCACUGCUCUCGCUCAAAUACAUCCUCUCGUUUCUCGACUACAAAACUUCACUACCGCCGUAGGACAAGGGGAUGAUGCUCGCCUUGAGCUCGGAGGAGAAAUACACUCUCGAUUAAAGGACGCUGAGGAUGAGCUGGAACUAUUGAAAGACGAUGUGGACGCCCUGGAGGCCACGACGGACAGCAGGAGGAAAGGUGUGGACUCGGAGAAGGAGACAGAGAAGGAGCGGGUUAUCGCGUUGGCUCGGCGGACACGAGGCGACUUCAGAAAUGCCCAGUUACAGGCGAAGCGUAAUGCGGAGCUGGCUAAGCGCAAGGAGAGGGAGCUACUCUUCUCAAGAUCGGAGGGGGUCGAGAAACGAAAUCCAGCGAAGGAGAAGUUGACGCAGGAGGAUAUCGUUAAGAAUGCUUCCAAGGAUGUCACGGCGGCGUUACGGCGAACGCACCAGCUUAUGCAGGCUGAGCUUUCUCGGAGCCAAUUCGCCCAGGAGACCCUAGAACAAUCUGGCGCUGCCUUAUCAUCUCUCGCAGAGUCAUAUACUAGCCUUGAUACUCUGCUCUCAUCCUCGCGCAACCUUGUUGGGUCCCUUCUCCGUUCCCAAAAGUCAGACACGUGGUAUCUAGAAACAGCGUUCUACAUCCUAGUGGCUACGAUUGCAUGGCUGGUAUUUCGAAGACUAUUGUACGGACCACUUUGGUGGAUUGUGUGGCUGCCGUUCAAGCUCAUUCUGCGGUCUGUUUUUGGCGUUGCAGGGGCAGUAGGUGUCACGAGCAAGGCAGUCCAAUCUUCGGCGACUAUCGGCACAGAGACGUUGGUCCAGGAAACGCCGGUACAGGGUCAUGUACCGGAAGCCAAGGUCCACGUUGUUGAGAAUACUGUCCCCGAUGAGGUUCCAGGCACGGAUGCGGCGGACCUGGAUUGGGUGAUGGAUAAGAUUGGCGAGAUUGUAGAAGAGAACGCGGAGGGAGGAACAAACCUUGAUGACUUCUCGCCAGAAGAGCUGCAGAGACAAGAGGGGCUGCCUCGAAAUACGAAGAAGAGGAUGUACGAGGCGACGGAAGUGCUGCAGAACCGGAGGGAUGAACUGUAA